GAUUCUUGGUUUGAUCUCCCACUCAUGCCUUUGGAUCUUAUCAUAGCAGCAAGGACAACAACACUAAAGGCAGUCACGCUCAGAGAGCGAGGAGCAACUGUUGGGGACACACGGAAAUUACUUUUUUUGCAUCGUUUCUACCAUGAAAGUGGCGCGUAAAUGUCAGCGUACUGUGCGUAAAAGUCAGCGACCAAAAUUGGAUUAGGCUAAACAUUUGAUAUUUUAGCCAGGAAGUGUAUUCGCGUGGACAAGAGUCAGAAGUACAAGUUUACUGCUUGGACUAAUGUUUUUGGUGGACGCCCCCUUGCUACUCUGACAUUAUUUCAACCAUGGCUUACUCUCAGCUGGGAUAUUCCUACUCUACUACACCACAGUUUCUGAUGACCUCAAGCCUUUCUGGUUGUCUGGAGCCGGGAUCCCCUGCAUCAUCUCACUCGGUGCUGCGCUCCCCCGGCCACCAGCUCACCCCUGGCACCGGCAUCGGUGUGUGCAGCCCAUACCCAAAGCGCCAAGGUUACUAUAACACCUGCACCGGCGACGCCAGCCCCCUCUAUUCCAGAGGAGGACUGGAACCCAAAACUGUAGCUGCAUCUGUGCACAUGGGGACAUCUCAGACGUCUGCCUACUACCCCUAUGAAUACACAUUUGGACAUUAUUCUUAUGACAGAUAUGGGUAUUCCUCAUCCGAAGGAGUUUCACGCCGUAAAAAUGCCACCCGGGAAACCACGGGCACCCUGAAGGCCUGGCUUCAAGAGCAUCAGAAGAACCCUUACCCAACAAAAGGAGAGAAGAUCAUGCUUGCUAUCAUCACCAGGAUGACCCUCACACAGGUGUCCACAUGGUUUGCCAAUGCUCGCAGGAGGCUGAAGAAAGAGAACAAGGUGACGUGGUCGCCACGAGCCUGUAAAAGCUCAGACGACAGAGGCCGGGAUGAAGACAGCGAUGAAGUAGAAAAGCCUCUUAAAGCUGACAAAGAUCAUCCUGAUCAACAGUCUGCUGACUUGCAGAGCGAUCUUGAAGACUUUGACCUGCUGGAGUCCGAUGCGUCCGACUGUGAGCCAAAGCCACAGUUUCUACCAGAGGAAAGCCAAGUCAAUUCAAACGUCCCAUCCGGUCACCUCGCGUACAACCCAAGCUCAGAGAGAUUGUCUCCGGACUUCCCCAAACUCACACCGGUUCACGACCAGACCAACACCUUCUAUCCUAUCCCAGAUGCGCAGGGGACAGACACCAAACCCAAGAUCUGGUCCAUCGCACACACUGCUGUGUCUUUGGACAACAGCAUUGAGCCUGAAUAUCCACCCUGUAUGCUGUCAUCCACCGGUUCCUCCUCUCCUGGCUUUCCCUCAAACAUGGUGCUACCCACGGCAGAAAGGAAGCAGGAAUCACCGGUGGCCACGCUCAGGGAGUGGGUGGACGGCGUUUUCCACGGACCGCCAUUCCAACAACUCAAAACAGCCACGCCGUGGAAAGGUUUGAGCGAAGCGACGUCGAGCUGCAGAACAUCAGGACAACCUUUUGAACUUGUAAGAUCUACAACAUCUUUGUAAAGCCACAAGCAACUCUAUUUUAAAACAACACACUGCAGGACUGGAUAGAUAAAAGUUUAUAUUUUGAUGUUGUAACUGACUAACUGUUCACCACACUGUUGUGUGUCACCUGGUGGUCUCACUUCUACAUCCAAAGGAUACUCAGCCAGCCACAGCUUACAGUUGAUAUUGUUCAUAACUCAAUUCAUAUGAUUAGUUAUUACAGUUGAUAUUGUUCAUAACUCAAUUCAUAUGAUUAGUUAUUACAAUAACAUAUAUGCUAUGAGAUUAUUUAAAAAACAUUAAGAACCAACGAUUUCCCUGUGAUUCAUGAAAAAAAAGAAUCCUAAAAAAGCAAUCUUUGCAUAAAAUGUACACAAAAGACUUUUCCAAUGGUCUUUGAUAUAGCCUCUUAAUUUGUUGGAAAUCAACUAAAGACUCAAGCACAGGAGAUGAUCUUGGUCUUGUGACACUAAAUGGACUUUCUACACAGACAGAUAAAUGACUCCUUUUGCUUUUCACUUAAAUGUUGGUGUCAUGAGCCAGUUCUCUAAAUCUAUAAAAGGGAGGCCUAGAGCAGCUAUAGUGUUGAUCCUAAAUGUUACAAAGUUUAGUUUAAGCAACACCACCAAUUAUCACCUAUUGGUGAUGCUCUCCUUUGGCUGGAGGGGGGUUACUUUCAUAGUUUAAUGGACAUCCUGCUUGCUUUACUUUACUGAUUAGUGGACAUGCAAUGAUCACAUUUCAUUAUAAAAAGGGAACUCUCGGACUAUCCACUUUGCCGAUGUCGCUGUCUAACAGCAGGUUCGGGACUGAGCGGUCUGUUUUAACCAAUUCUAGCAACUUUGACACACUAUGGACCCCGUUUCAACUCAUUUUAACUGCAUCCAAGUUGUACCAUAUUGUACUAACACCUUUACACCCACUGAGAAUAAAUGUUAAGCUGACUAGCAUCAGUUCAAAUGAUGUAAAUCCUUUAAAACAAUGUGAACUCUACCUCCACAACCACGGAUGUGUGUGUGUGUGUUUAAGCGUGUGUGUGUGGUUUGAGGCAGCGGAAUGGGGGGGAAGUGGAUUGUAUUCAGCCGUGACUAAUGGAAACACACAGAGGAGGGUGCUGCUAAAUUGUUAAAUCGAUGCCACUUCCAGCCGAGCUCCAGAUAUAGCUGCAAUCAGCCAUGCGUCCCCUUUCAUUAGGCAGCUUUUGACUUUUGGCAUCCUGGGAAUUGGAGACAACGUUCCGCCAGUAAAAUGCCUCAUAAAACCUCUUAAGUAAUUUUAAGUGAGUAAUAUGUGGAUCCACUUGAGUGACUUCAUGUUACAAACAAUAGGAAGAACCGUCAUAGAAAUAAACAAUCCACUACAGAGGGCAUCACUUGCAUUAAACGGUGCGUCAUAACGCCCUCCCAUCUGAUUCAGAUAGGCAGAGCGGAACUGUCACAUUUAGCACUUAAAGCACUUAAAAGCGGCGUUCUCUAAAACAAAGCACAACAAGAAACUGUGUUUUUUUCCACCAUUGUUCUCCUGUUUUCAAUUUAGGAGCAGUGAUAAAGUAUUUAUCAGAACAGAGGAGGGAUCUUCCCGGGCUUUGUAUGGAAUUAACCAUUUCAGAUUAAAUAAUUCAGGAUGAAUUCAUCCGAGAAAUUCAUUCUCUUUCUGCUUCAUAAAUAAGUAAGACUUAAGAUGAUAAAUAAUGACAUCUGACUUAUUUUUGUAAAGUUUUCCGUCCUCAACGGAAAGUCUUGUUUGAGUAUGGGUCUUCCUUUUUGUUUUUUGGUCCACCUAAAAUGUGAUUUAAUGGGAAUGCAAGAAUUAAAAAGAUGACUCUAAGUGCAGCAGAAGAAGCGGAGUCACGAUGAAUAUCACAUGGCGUUCUGAUAGGAGAAUGACCCUCUGCUGAGUGGGGUUAAGAGCCGUGAGCACACACUUGUCUUCACUCUUUACUGUUGGAAGCAUCACUUCUCCCUUGAGAAUAGGCUUGUUUUAUUCCCCACUCAAGGCCAUUCAAUGUCAAUCUGUUACAUAUCGAGUUAAAAAAACAGGCGUAGAAUGCCAUCAGUUUUGGGUUUGUCACAGUCUGUUGAGAUACUUUACAAAAUAUAACCACCGCCACCGUUUUUGUUCCCCGCUCUUACCGCCGUGUUCUUAGCUUUCACUAUGUGACUUCUCCAAACUGUACAGCAUACAUAUAAGGCACAAUUUUUUUACAUGUUUAUAUCUUUACGCUUCACUGAUAAUGUUUUGUCAAGUGUUAUUUUUGUUCGGCAGCCCUUGAACGCAUCAUAGUUGCUGUGAGGCGCAGAAGUUUGAGUUCUCUACGAAUGUGUUACAUUUUUAGGGCUUAAAGCUGCAUUGUGGGGCGAGUGCACAACGGCAAUUGAAAAGAGCGUUCUGAAUACAACAAUCAAUUGAAAACGUUAUAAUUAAUACAUUAUAAUUAAUACAAUUUAACAGAGGGUAAAGGGGACCGUGUGUCAAAGAUGCACAUUUUAAUGGAUUAAUCAAUUACAUGUAUUUUUCCGCCAUUCACUGGAUCUGUUGUACAUAGAUAUUUUUAUCCCAGUGUUACGGAGUACAACUAGCUGGAGCCGGUACGGGUCGACUAUAUUCACCUGAAAUGCUAGUUUUCACUUUCACAUUGUGAUUUUCUGCACCGAGCUUUCACACCCUUCCUCCAGUAAUCAUCUACGCACCUUGUCCUCUUCAUCUUUGCCUUCUCUAAGCCAUCCAUGCUUGGCAUUCGUUAUCUCGCCUCCGUCUACUGUGGAAACACAAGCGAGCCAUCCGACAGUCAGCCUGACACGAAGCCUUGCUCCCUGGGCCAUAAAAUGUGAUUAAGCCACCAUGAGUUGCUGUACAGGUGGCGGCGGGGGGGGGGGAUGUUACAGCUACUGUUUACCUGUCAGCCUCACACCACCUCUUUCCUUGAGGACUGCAAUAACAGUGGUGAAUGUAAAUGACUUUAAAGUGUGAUCCUAUCAGUAAAGGCUCGGCGGUAUGCAUAUGUUGUGACCCACUUUCUUAUCGUUUGAGCACUGUACAGUAUUGACAAGUUCAAAUUGCGCCAUGUGUCUGACACCUAUUUCCUU